AUGCUGCCACGGCUUCUUGUCUUCUCAGUUCUAGGCCUUGGGGCUUUGGGUGAUGUUUCCUGGAAUGAAACACAAACCAAAGAGUUAUCAGAAAGGCUUCUGGACCUGUUUUCCAGCAUCUCACAGCUCACUUCCCGUGAUCCCCCUGCAGAUCCUCCCACCAUUGUCUCCCGCAAGGAGUGGGGGUCAAGAACACUCACCUGUAAGGCCCGGUUGACAAAGCCUGUGGCCUACGUCAUCACUGACCAGCUCAUGGGGAUGGAAUGCCCGAAGCAGAACAUUUGCAGCUGGAAGCUACGGGGCCUGCAGUCCCAUUCCAUCUACACCAAAGGCUGGUGCGACGUGCCAUACAAUUUCCUGGUUGGGGAUGAUGGCAAGGUGUAUGAAGGUGUUGGCUGGAAUAUCCAAGGCUUGCACACCCAAGGCUACAACAAUAUCUCUCUGGGGAUUGCCUUUUUUGGCCAUAACAUGGGUAACAGUCCCAGUCCUGCUGCCUUAACAGCUGCAGAGGGCCUGAUCUCCUACGCUGUCCAGAAGGGUCAUCUGUCACCCAGGUACAUUCAGCCACUUAUCCUGAAAAAUGAGAUCUGCCUGGUCUCUCAGCAUCCAGUGAUGCCUGGGAAAGCUUGCCCCAACAUCAUCACACGGUCUGCUUGGGGAGCCAGAGAGACGCACUGCCCUAAAAUGAACCUCCCAGCCAAGUAUGUCAUUAUCAUCCACACUGCUGGGACAAGGUGCAAUAUUUCUGUGGACUGCCAGAUUCGCGUCCGAGAUAUACAGUCCUAUCUCAUGGAUAUAAGGGACUUCUGUGACAUUGGAUAUCACUUCUUGGUGGGUGAGGAUGGUGGUGUGUACGAAGGUGUUGGCUGGCAUACUCAAGGCUCUCACACCUACGGAUACAAUGAUAUUGCCCUAGGGAUUGCCUUCAUGGGCAACUUUGUAGAAAAGCCGCCGAACAAUGCAGCGCUGGAGGCCGCCCAGAACCUGAUCUACUGUGCUGUGGAUAAGGGCUAUCUGAGUCCCAACUAUUUCCUGGUUGGGCACAGUGAUGUGGUCAGCGUCCUGUCUCCUGGGAAGGCUUUGUACAACAUCAUUAAGACCUGGCCUCAUUUCAAGCACUGA